UACGCCCGUUAACGCAUUGCCAAAUCCUUCCAUCGAUGUGUUUUAGAUAAUUUUAAAAAUCCCUAAUCAUAACAGUCCGAAAACCGUGAUAAAAGCUCUAUUGGUUUUUAAAGUCUAUUCGAUUUAAAAUUUGCGAACGACUUGAACCGAUUAAAUGCAAACACAUGGUUAGGGUCAUCACUGAAUAUAUGCUAUGAUUUUAUCGCAAACCUUAUCACAAGUGAUUUGUUUGAAAUCAGUCUUUUUAAAAAUGUGUAAUGUGGUGUAUAACAGAACACUGGGAGAUGAUGUAUUUGUUUAAAUUAUAAUUUACAAUACGGGAUAAUAUUUGUAGAAUGCAAUACUUUCUAAACAGUGCAAUUAAAAGAAUUUAAACUACAAGAAUCUGCGCAAUAACGUAUUUUAACUAUUUUACUAUUUUAACAAGUGAGCUUAAAUGUAUUGCAUGGGUUGAGAUUGGAUUGAUGAACAAAAGAUUCUUUUUUAUGGAUACUGAAAGCACUUCUACUUUUAUUUAAACUGAAAGUUCAAAGGUGGCUAAUGAGGCAUAUUACGGCGCCCUUGAAGCUUGGAGUUGAUAUGACAGGCUUCAAUUGAAAUAUCACAAAAAACCUUUCUAUAGCAAUAUUGGUUUUGUGAUGAAUUUAAAUUACGUUUGGUUAUAUAGGCCAGAAAUUCGGUGUAGCGCUUUUGAAAGCAGAAUACACCAAUUCGAAAGGAAGUAAUUAUCGAGACAUAAAUCGUAUUGGAAGAUCACUUAAAUGUGUUGAUCUUCCCAUAGUAGUGUCAAAUAUUUGCAGCGAUAUGUAAACAUAAAAAAGAAGUAGUUAUAACUAAUUUUACAAUAUACAUGCACACGAGGAUGGACAUAUUUUAAUUUGUAGUGAAAUAAGCAUGAACUAACGCGAUACAAUAAUUCGAAACAAGACGUGUGUUUCAGGUAAGAAAUUAAACACGCUAGAUGGGAGAAAUAAACAAAAGGCAAUAGGAAUUACGUUGUAAAAAAGAAGAAGCAAAUGCAGUGUUGAAACAUUGAUUGGAUUACGUAAGAUAAAUAUGACUAGAUUCGGAUACCCUACGAGUGGUCCCGGAAGUACCCGGUGUUCAACCGGAAGUGUCCAGGGAAGCGCACAACCGACAAAGGAUACGAAAACGACGACACCUAGGAAACCAGAAAAGGGCAGAAAAUGGUCGGUGGCGGGAUGGGACGAUCAGUUUAACGCGGACGAUGGAAUAGUUGCAUGGACAAAGCGUCAGAAGGCACUGGAGUCGAAAAGAGACAUUGCUGAUAAUUGGCCAGAUGGAACCAAAAAGCACCCUGCGUCAUUAGACGAGGAAUGCCGCGUGUCCAUACAUCACAGGUGUCCAAAUAUAGAUGACAUUGACAUCUUUAUGAAAAGCAGUCUUCAUGACGUGUACAAACCGCGAGAAAAGACGACACCGAAUGUAACCAAUCAGAAGACAUCCAGUGUUGCGACGCUUAAAUACACGAACAAUGUGAGUUUGGGAACAUUAAUGCCGACGGAGUUCAAGGAAGAUCACGGUGACAAUGCGGAAGACGACGAUGACAAUGGUCGUCAAGCCAAUACCUUCCGCGAAAACAAUGUCCCUGUAAAUGAGGAAACUGAGAAACGAAGCAAAAGCGUUCAGGACAUUCACGCUCAAGCGAAACUUGAAAGGAGCAACACUCACAUGAAAAUUAAGCGUCUUCUAAAAUUCUCGCGCGACAGGCGGACGACCAAGGCAGACGAAGAUGAUGAGGGAUAUUGUUCGAAAACGUCUAGCGCGGAACGGACGCAGGACGCCGUAAGCGACGGCGAGGAAAGUGGCGCCAAUAUAGAGCUGGAAAAAAGUAAGAAUUACCGUAGCAUGAUGGAUCUCUCUGAGCUGCCAUCCAAUUCUCACCAUCCAGAUCAUUCGCGGGAAAGAGCGAGCAUGAACGCUUUAAGCAAGCAGUAUAGUGAAGUCCUUGCAAUGAAUCGCGCGAGAUUCUCGUAUACUCACCAGCCGCCGACCAUCUGUCAUCUGCCGGAUCCUAAUGUUGCUCUUGCGCACGAUAGCCUCCGAAUAGAGAGGAAAAUCGAAAGCGAAGACUCCACAUGGUCAUAUGCAAAACUUAAACGAAACAAAGAAUUGAACCGUUGUUAUCAACCUGAGCUAUUACAGCCUACCCAGGAAAGUACUGUGUACAAUAUUGACAAUAUGAAGCCUGUCACUCUAGUCCUUAGAAAAAUAACUAUACAAAAUUCGGAAGAAACAUGCCCAUUGAUAUAUCAGACUCAAAUGCAACCCAUGAAAGAGAGACCCCCGGAUAUUCGUGACAACAGACAUCCGUCCAGGAAUAGUAACACUCCUAGUUUGCGUGCAGGAUCUAACGUACAACGAAACAUUCCCAGUCAGUCACGCGCCGGUUCAGCGAUUUCACGUUCCGGGUCGUCAUAUUGCGGCAGCCCUACGCCGCAUGCGCUUACUCCACGAGGGGUCGCUGUAGCCACCGGAAUGGCGCAAACAACGCCACCUCAUGGUGAAAACAAAGCCGCAAAUAACAGUAUUAAACCAUCGCAGCAGCCGAAACAGAGUUCUCAAGUAAGAGAUGUUCGUGUAGUGCAUGAUCCGAAACCAAAAGACGGCAUGUGGUCGCAGGAAUACUCCUACAUUGACAGACAAACUACGAACUACAGUAUAGGCGAACUACUUCCCGCUAUGGAUAAAAGCAUUUACACGCAACACACGUGCGCGCCAAAAUUCGUGACGUCAGAUCAUGCUUCGGGUGAUACUGGUAUGACGACCACUGAGAUUCUGGAUAUGCAAAAGAACGCCAUUGACGACGGAUUCUUGCUCCUGAAGAAAGGAAUUGACAUUUUGUCCAAAGGAAAUGAUAAGCUGACCCCGACCAGCCAGGAUUAUUGGGCAGUGAGCCACAAUGAGUAUUACAAAAAGCAAACUCUCGGCCCUCCGCCGUUCCGACCUAACCAGACCCGCCACCCACUAAUGCGCAGUCUCACCGUAGUUGUUAACAACCGACGGGAUUUCUCGCCAAGAUCUAGUUCGAAUUCUGAUUCUUCAAAAUCUAAACCUACAAGAGUCAGCUCCGAGAAAGGGUACAGUUCUGGCAACGUGGACGACGACCGGGAAACUCAGAAGAAACUUAAAGAAGCCUUCAGUCAGUUCUACAAAAAUCGGCCAAAAGAGAUCGGCAAGGAGUUCCGGCGCAUGCAGACCAUGUGGAACUCGUGACACACGUCAGCCAACGACUACGUCUUAUUCGCUAUAUGUGGAACACGUGACAUUCAUCAGCCAUUGACUGAUACUCAUUCGCUAUCUUUUGAUUACGUUGUACAUAUAAGCUAUGGCUGACUGUUAUUUGCAUAGCGGCUCUCCGGCUAGCGGAGUGGUUAGGACACUCGCUUCUCACCUGGGCGACCAGGGCUCAAGCUCCGUUCCCGGCAACAUGCGAGUUUGUUGAUGGUCACCAUACCGGACAGGUUGUGUUCACUCCGGCUUCCCCCAUAAUAGAAGACCACGCCGAAAUUAAAAAUCUUUCAGUAACAACGAAAUAGCUGCACAUUGCGGCUAUAAUUACCAAUUUUGUCCCAACUCUCGUGAGUCUCGUAAGUUAAUAAGGUAAGAGCACUGGGGCACACUUAGGGUCCAGACGUAAUGUAGAUUGGGGCUCGGAAAGAAUCUUAUUAACUUCGAAAUAUACAAAAAUGUUCGCAUUUUGUAGAACACGCGACACGCACCAUUUAAGUGUUGUGUGGAUCAAGUGAUGCACACCAUCAAAGUACUGACCCAUAUUACCUUUCUGGAGUACUCGUUACAAAGACCUGUCAAUGACUGACAAGAUACUCUGAUUCUCUCCCUUUAUAUAACCUGACAAACAUUAACCAUAACUCUUCAUUUCCUUUUUAUGGGACACGGGACGCACACAAUCUUAAAACCCGCCAUUCUUCUUCUUGCGUCAGACACAUCUGAUCUGGUACACAUUGUUACCAAAAGGUUCUUGUUUUCUUUCUAAGGAUCAUAUACUAUGAGACAAAUGUCAUAUCAAGAUCCAAGUUCCUUCUUUGUGUGUGAAUAUUUUACAGUGUUGUUGUUAAUAUUCUUAAAACAAAUAACACGCGUACACUAGGAAAGACAGGAGCAAUUAUUGUUCUCUCUUUCAGUCACAUCACCAAUCCUGCACAUUGGCAAAGUAGUCGGUAUGGAUAAAACCACAAACACACAUGUUUAUUGCAACAGAUGAAAUAUCAUGUUUGCGAUCGAAUUAUACAUUAACAAACGCGUGUGUCCGUCCGGAGACGUAUCAAAACAUGUUAUUUAAUAAACAUUUGGUACAUCUCUCACUGCCAGUAUGAUUCAUUUCAGAAGACAAUGUUGAAAAGAUCAUAAAUCUAUAGCCAUUAUCAAUACAGAGUGUUACAAGUAGCACAUAAAAUUGUGCCUAUUGCUCACAUUUUAUUAUUUUAGAGGUAUAAGGUACUGUUUUGUUCAUGUUUUUGUUUUUAUUUAUAUAAUAAAGAAUAUUAUUAACAA